AUGUUCAAAGAGGAGGACUCUUUAAGAAAGGGGCAAAAUGUGACCGCGUGGAAAACUUUGUUGGCUGGUGCCGUGUCUGGGCUGCUAGCCCGAAGCGUAACAGCCCCCAUGGAUACCAUUAAGAUCAGAUUGCAAUUGACCCCGGCAAACGGGCUGAAACCCUUCGGAAGUCAGGUCAUGGAGGUGGCCAGGGGCAUGAUAAAGAACGAAGGUAUUCGAGCCUUUUGGAAGGGGAAUAUACCCGGUUCUUUGCUGUACGUUACGUAUGGAUCAGCACAGUUUAGUUCAUACUCGCUUUUCAAUAGAUAUUUAGGUCCAUUCGGAUUAGAGGCGCGGUUACAUAGUCUUGUUGUGGGAGCCCUUGCCGGAAUGGCUAGUUCCAUUCUCUCCUACCCGUUCGAUGUUUUACGCACCCGACUAGUUGCUAACAACCAGAUGCAAUCAAUGACCAUCACGAGAGAAGUGCAUGAUAUCUGGAGGCUAGAAGGUCUCCCCGGAUUUUUCAAGGGCUCCAUCGCGUCAAUGGCAACCAUAACUCUAACCGCAUCAAUAAUGUUCGGAACAUACGAAACAAUCAGGAUAUACUGCGACGAAAACGAAAAAACGACCGCGGCGCAUAAAAAAUGGGAACUGGCUACUUUAAACCACUGCGCCGGAACCAUUGGGGGAGUCAUUGCCAAGAUCACUACUUUCCCCCUCGAAACGAUCCGUAGGCGAAUGCAGUUCAUGAACUCAAACCAUCUGGAAAAGUUCUCGAGUCAUUCAUCUGUAUACGGCUCUUAUAAGGGGUACGGAUUCGCAAGAAUCGGUUUACAGAUUUUAAAGCAAGAAGGUGUGAGCUCGCUUUACAGAGGCAUCCUGGUGGCCCUAUCCAAGACGAUACCUACCACCUUUGUGAGUUUUUGGGGGUAUGAAACGGCCAUUCAUUAUUUGCGGCUAUGCUAA